AAGCUCGCGAAGUGGUCAUUUUCCGGUUGCGCUCACCGCGACCAACAUGUUGACCGUGUGCACGUACAACAUUCGAUUCAUCCUGGAUCGAUGGCCCGAGCGCAAGCCCCUCGUGGAGCACGAGCUCCGACGCGCCAAAGCCGACCUGUACGCGCUCCAGGAAGUCAACAUCGGUGGCCACAACUUCGGCCAACACAUCCAGCUCCCAGCCACGGCGCUUCCCGCGAACGAGUCGUAUGAAACGUUUGAGGCCCCUGCUGCUCGCCGAUACUUCGAGACACUCCCGCUUCUGGGAUGGCUCUUCACAACGUCGAACCCACUGGCUGCGUGGGCGUACGACUUUUGUGCGUGGUUCAACGAACGGUUCUUGGCGUCCAUCUUGGGGGGGCACGUGCAGUGGCUUUACUACCACCCGAUUUUGCAAAUCGUCACGUUUCUCGGACUGGGCACGGCGUGGGUGUUUGGCACGACUGUCUACGCUCGAAAGUCGAUCGCACCGAAACAUCACACGCAGCUCCUGAUCGGGGGGUGGAAGGUCGCUCAACGCGUCGUCGUGACAGUCGAUGGCGUGGACAUUCACGUGGUCAACGUGCACUUGGCGUCGGACCGGGACGAAGAGCGUUUCCGCGUCGAACAAGUGCGGACGAUCGCAGACUGGAUCGCAGCGACGACGUCGGGGACGAAUGUGAUCAUCAUGGGCGACUUCAAUUGCGAGCCAAACAAAGCGUGCUACUUGUACUUGAAGCAGCGAGGGUUUACCAGUGCGCACAUGCAAGUACACGGGGUCGAGCCCGACGUGACUUUCCAUCAGGGGUUGGAAGCGCCGACGAAAGACGUUGGGACAGAAGUGUGCCUCGACUACAUCUUUUACAAAGGCCAGAUGACGCCCAAGACGAUCGCGCUUGUCGGCACCAAACCCGAUCCAAACGACUCGACGUUGUAUCCGAGUGACCAUUUCGGCCUCCUGGCGACAUUUCAAGUGGGGCGUGCGAAUUAACAGAGCUGUACACUCGAUCCGUCGCGUUGGCUAGUGCGUG